GAGGAAGCUGGUUUACAUACGAGUCAUACCAAGCAUAGCCAGCAUGUCAGUGCAGUCAGCUUGCAGCGGGCUGUGAGGGAGAGUGCCUUUGUCCUAAGAAAUGUGCUUUGUGUUUUUCUUUUUUGCUGCUUUCUUUUUAAACCCCCAAGACAGGCUUGAGAAGACUUCUGAAAUGAUUUUUUAAAGCCGAAUAGAAGACACAAUCAGACACCUUCCACAGGCCCUUGAUGGGUUUUGUUUGAGUCUGAUUUUUUUUGUGUGUAUGAGUGUGUAUAUAUAUAUGAUUUUUUAAAAACCUUUUACAUACUUUGUUUUGAUCCUGUGAGGCUGGGCCUCUAUCUUCCCGAAGUUUUAGGAGAGCCUGGAGCUACUCAGCUAAGACUGAAUUUUGAAACUUUCUCUUUGGGGGUGAAAGCAAAGAACAGUUUUUCUUUGCUAGCCGGACAGAUAAAUGCUGUUUAUGAAGAUGGACCUGUUGAACUACCAGUACUUGGACAAGAUGAACAACAACAUCGGCGUUCUGUGCUAUGAAGGUGAAGCUUCCCUCAGGGGAGAACCCAGAAUGCAGACCCUCCCCGUGGCCUCGGCUCUCAGCAGUCACCGCACAGGCCCGCCUCCCAUCAGCCCCAGCAAGAGGAAAUUCAGCAUGGAACCCGGGGACAAGGACUUGGACUGUGAAAAUGAUCAUGUCUCCAAGAUGAGCCGUAUCUUCAGCCCCCAUUUGAAUAAGACUGUCAAUGGAGACUGCCGCAGAGAUCCCCGGGAACGGAGCCGCAGUCCUAUGGAGCGGGCUGCAGCCCCCGCUGUGAGCUUGCAUGGUAGCCACCUGUACACAUCCCUCCCCAGCCUCAUGGAGCAGCCUCUUGCCCUGACUAAGAACAGCAGUGACACAGGCAGGUCAGCUGUGGAGCGGCAGCAGAACCGGCCCUCCGUGAUUACCUGUGCAUCCGCGGGCGCCCGCAACUGCAAUCUCUCUCACUGUCCCAUCGCACACAGUGGCUGUUCUGCGCCUGGGUCCGCCAGCUACCGGAGACCACCCAGUGCAACUGCCACCUGUGACCCCGUGGUGGAAGAGCACUUCCGUCGGAGCUUGGGCAAGAACUACAAGGAGCCCGAGCCAGCGCCUAACUCGGUGUCCAUCACUGGCUCUGUGGACGACCACUUCGCCAAAGCACUAGGUGACACAUGGCUUCAGAUCAAAGCGGCCAAGGACAGCGCAUCCAGCAGCCCGGAGUCAGCCUCACGCAGGGGCCAGCCAGCCAGCCCCACUGCCCACAUGGUCAGCCAUAGUCACUCCCCGUCUGUGGUGUCCUGAAGGGGGAGCCAUCCUUCGACCACACAGGAAUCUGCAUGGUUUGCCUGAGCUUUGAACAGCCAGUGCUUUAAAAAAAAAAAAAUAAGAAAGAAAAAAAAAUCCUGGGGGGAGGGGGGAGGGUGGGUGGUCUAUUCGCAAAACCAUGUUGUCUGGACUUUUGUUCUGCUCUGUUUUAUACUUGCUUGGUGUUCAUACAAGGGCCCUCACUGUGGCAACAGAACAGCACGGAGCAGUAAGUCCAGCAGAGCAUCCUUGCUUCCUGCCCUGGUUACCAAAGAAACCUCUGCAGGUCUGCCACCUGGCAGAUGGGACCCUGUGGCCCUUUCUCAGUCACAAGCCAUGACGACAUGGGGAUCCGGAUGCUUUGUGCUCUUAGCUUUGGAGGCCCGGUAUGCACAGCUUGGCAUCUACCUGGGGUCUGGCUCAGUCUGCAUUUGCAUGUGUCUGCCUGAAGAAAACUGUCCUGAUUUGCACUACGGAGGGCGGGCAGAGCUGCCUGCUGGGCAGCUGUCUGAGGUGCCAGUACUGAGGGCAAACUGCUGGGGAACACUUCUGACCAUGUGCGCUUGCAUUGUUGCUGAACUUAGAAGGUCUCUAGCAGGUUCUAGGUCUUUCCCUAGGCUUGAGGUGCUCACAGCUGGACUGCAGACUCCCCCUGACCAUGGGCAUUUACCUUCUCUGAGCACUGCAGUUUGUGAGGCUGGUGCCAAGGCCGGAGGACUCCGUAGUGCUUCUGACAUGGUGCAUGUCUCAAAAA